AUGCCCGCUCCAAAACCCGCGUCCCGAGGCCGAACCAAAGUAAAGACGGGCUGCGCAACCUGCCGAAUCAGGAAGAUCAAGUGCGACGAGGGCAAGCCCUUCUGUGAGAAGUGUGUCAAGACCGGGCGCAAAUGCGAUGGGUACGAGUCUGUCUUCAGGGCUUUCUCCAGCACGUCGCAACAGAUCGUCAAACUAGAUGCUGCAGCUUCAAGGCAUGAUUGCGCUGAAGGAGAACCUCCAUUGAGCACUAACGACCUCAAUCGAUACUUCUCCACCAAAACAAUAUUCGACGUCGAGCUCAGCUGUAGUGAGGAAGCAGAGCAGGUUCUUCAAGCUAGCUUGACUAACGAUUCAAUAUGCCAUGCUCUACUGUCUCUCAGGGCUCUUCGCGAAAAUCUCGAGUCGAAGAAAGAAGGAGAUACAUUCGAGACCGACGAACAGCAGAGACUGAGUUACAACUUCGGCCUUCAACAGUACAGCAAAGCUUUAACGAGUCUUGCUUCGAACCUCUCAUACCCCAGCCCCGAUAGCUUAAAGUCCGCACUGCUUUGUUGCCAAGUCUUGAUCAGCGUUGAGCAAGUCCGCGGGAACUUUGCAGCCAUGGGACUGCACAUCAUUCGCGGACUCAGCAUCCUCCACGAGUACCGCGCAAGGCCGUACUUGACCGCCAAUGGUCUAAUGCCAGCACGUCACAGCGGUCUGCCUUCCUUGGAUAUCUUUAUUAUAAAGCUAUUCGCUGCGCCUUGCAAGUUCACGGAACAACAGCCCCCAGGAUCUUCCAGCAUAAUGACACCUCCUGUUGAGACGAAUAAUCGAAAGCUGGCGCCAAACAUGCGGGCGGAACUCACGAAGGUCGUGACGUCAACUAUUGCACUUCUUGAAAAGGUUACAAGGAUCCAAGCCUUGGAGCAAGCUCAAUCCCUCCUUUCCGAAAGACGAGGCUUGCUUGAUGGCUUGGACUCAUGGCUCGGUGCUCUUCAAACUCUCCAGAAGGAGACGCAACCAGGAGAGACCGAGUCUAUUUCUGACACCUUCUUGCGCAUCUUGUAUUUAAUACUGAGAAUGAUUCUUCUUGGGACUCUGGAAACUUCAUCAGAUCUUGAUGCUAAGCUCAGUGAAGAAAGCAAGCAACUCCAAGGCUUAGCGAAUCUCGUCAACGAACGGCUCAAGGACUAUGAUAUGCGAAGGGGAAUUGAUGGUAGCUUAGCAAAGCAAUCUCAAUAG